AAGUGUCCGGACUGGAAGGGGGGGGUGAAAGUGUCCAGACUGGAAGGGGGUGAAAGUGUCCGGACUGGAAGGGGGGGAAAGUGUCCAGACUGGAAGGGGGGGAAAGUGUCCAGACUGGAAAGGGGGGGAAAGUGUCCGGACUGGAAGGGGGUGAAAGUGUCCGGACUGGAAAGGGGUGAAAGUGUCCGGACUGGAAGGGGGGGUGAAAGUGUCCAGACUGGAAGGGGGGGAGUGUCCAGACUGGAAGGGGGGGAAAGUUCCAGACUGGAAGGGGGGGGAAAGUGUCCGGACUGGAAGGGGGUGAAAGUGUCCGGA